AAACAAAAACAAAAAUCAUAAGUUUACCGCCGAAAAAAAUAAGUAUUUCAUCCGAUAUUGAUGAAUUUGAGGCAAAUUUUUGUAAUGUAACAUUGAAUAAAAUUAAAACUAAUAAAAAAUUUGGUGAAAUUUGGUCCAAAAAGAAUGGUUGGAGUCGUUGUCAUCCAAAAUCGCCCAGUUUUCGUAUAUCAAAAGGAAUCGUUAUUCCAGCCAUUAAUAUUGAAUCACCAGUUGAUCUGUCCACAACGACUACAUCACCUGAUGAUGAUAUUGAUGAAUCAACAACAACUUUACCUGUUAAUGAAGAAAAAGAAGGUGAUGAUGAUAAUGAUGUUGCUGAUCUUGAACUGACCACAACGGAAAUAUCAGAAUUAGAAACAACAACAGCAACGACAACGACAACGACAACACUAGAAUCGAAUGAAAUGACAACUGAACAAGAUAUUGAUGAUGAAACAACAAUCUCGACGACUGUGGCGACAACUCAACUUACGUUUCCAAUAAAUUCAGAUUUUUUCAUAAAUUUUAAUAAUUUUCUUGCUACAUUAGGAUCCUCAUCAACGACUACAACAAUGUCACCGAUAUUUUUUUCUGCGUCACCACCAUCAACAACAACUACGACUACGACUGCAAUGGCACCAACACAAACAUGGAAUCAUGUGGAUGAAAUUCCCAAAGAAUUUUUGUGGCAUAUUUUAAAAGUAAUUAAUGCCAGCAAAAUUGAUAAUUAUCAAGUGAAUCCUGUCGUAGUGGAUAAUUUAAAAAAUCAUAAUUUAAACAAACCAAAAUCGAUUAUUGACAAGAAACAUGAAAAUGUUGAAAAUCAUCGAAAUAAUGAUAAUGAUGAUGAUGAUGAUGAUGAUGGUGAUGAAGAAGAAAUUGAUGAAGAAUUAUUCCAUCAAAUCAAAGAUGAUAAUAAUCGUAUUGAUGGAAAAAUUCUUGUUGCACAUAGAUUUAAACGUGUAUGUUAUCUAUUACUUAAUGGUGGUAAAGAUGGUGGUAAUAUUGAAAUAAAUCAAUUAGAAUUACAUAUUUGUUCACAUCUAAUUGUUGGUUAUGCAAGAAUUGCAACAAAUGGUCUGGUUGUGGCACAAAAACCAUUAGAAGAUGGUGAACGUUAUCGACUGGCUACAAUGAUGAAAAUUCAAUAUCCAAAACUAAAAGUGAUGCUUUCUAUUGGUGAUCUUGGUGGUACAAUGUUUUCCAUUGUUACCAGUACGAAUCGUACACGUGAACGUUUCAUAAUAUCCAUAUUAGAUAUUUGUACGGAAUUUAAUUUCGAUGGCAUCGAUAUUGAUUGGGAAUUUCCAGGGUUUCGUACACCAGGUUUAUCGCGUGAUAAACAGAAUCUGGUACAAUUUCUUAAAGAACUACGACAAAUGUCUAAAUUAAUUUGGCCAAAUGAUAUUAAUAAUAAUAAUAAUCGAGGAUCAUCAUCAUCAUUUUUAAUAUCAUUGGCUGUUGGUGCACCAUUAAUGAUUGCUAGUACAUCGUAUUUAAUACCAGAAAUUGAAAAAUUUGUUGAUUUUGUCAAUUUAAUGUCAUAUGAUUUUCAUUAUUAUCGACCAGAUAAACCAUAUACUGGUCAUCAUGCUCCAUUAUAUCCACGAUCUACGGAUAAUGCAUAUUUCAGCACGUUGAAUGUGGCAUGGACAGCAACAUAUUGGGCAAAUAGUGGAAUGCCAUUACGAAAAAUAAUGAUUGGUGUACCGACAUAUGCACGAACUUAUAAUCUAGUGGUUCCUAUCGUACAGAAUAUGAUCAAUUUACCGGCUAGUGGACCUGGAAUCGGAAAAGGAAAAUUAAAUUAUACACGUGUUUGUGAAUUUUUAAGGCUACCUGGAACAGUUAAACAAUUUGAUUUCCAUAGCCAAGUUCCAUAUGCAUACAAUGGUUUUGAUUGGGUUUCAUAUGAGAAUGAAUUAUCCGUCGCUACAAAAGCUCAAUGGGUAGUGAAAACUGGAAUGGGUGGCAUCGUAACAUUUGCACUGAAUUUUGAUGAUACAAAAGGUUUGAGAUGCAAUGAUUUUAAAAGUUUUUUAUUUUCUAAAAUUAUUUUUUUUUCAUCUAAUCAACACAUCACAGGUAUAUGUCGAGAUGAUGGAAAACGAUUUCCAUUACAAAAAACAAUUUCAAAUGUGUUGGAAUUAGCAGCGAUAAAAUCGUAUAAAAAAUCUUUGCAUGUUGUAAAAAUUCAUGGAUAAAUCAUUAGAAUAUUUGUAGAUAAUUUUUUUUUGCCAAUUUUAGCCAUUUCAGUUUCGA